GCAGCCACCGACUGCUCGCGUUCGCGCGUGGAAGCGGCGAAACGAAUAGCUCUUCGCUCAACCCCGACACACACCGCCGCCGCCUCGCCCCCGCAGUUUGUUUCCUCGAACACCCGCGCGGUUAAGUUCGACCCCCCGGCGCUCCGUCCCGCCCCAACCUCGCCUUGCGCUAUAUGGUUCGACUUAACCUCUCUUCCCGCGUGGGGCGAGGCGAGAGGCGAAGCAGUUAAACGCGGGGUUCCAUCGAGAAAAGACGAGACGCUGAUGGCGCCCUCCCAGCGGUGAGCGGCCGAACCAUAUCCGGACGCGGGUGGAGCGGGGGGCACGGUUCUCGGCACCAGCAGCAGUAGCAGCAGCAGAGCAGAGCAACACUCAACUUCGAGAGUCAAUGUGAAACUUCGAAAUCAACGUCGUCCAAGACUGCAGCAGGCUGAGCAGGGAUACGUGAACGUGCGGCGUGACGUCACACCAACAGCUGGUCAGUCGCGGUGGUCGCGGUCCGACCCCAGUCUACUAGUGCAGCCCAGGCCAGGGAGGGUCAUUCGCUCUCCAAUUCAUUCCGCGACUCGACUGAACAGCCAAAUACAGAAGAGCGCCAGCUGAGGCUACCGCGGACACGCAACUUAGAUCCCUCCACCACUCGCAGUGUGCCCCCGGUUCGGGAAGGCAAGUACGGGUCCCACGCGAGUAGGUCAUCAGCUCAUCAUCACCGCAAAGAACGCACUUUGCGCCCUGUCGCGAAACUACGCCAAAUUCUCGGUUGGCCAUGGAGCAGCUGCCGGACGACGUGCUCGUGGCGGUGAUGCAGUUCCUGGACGUGGAGGACCUCCUCGCCUGCCGCCUCGUGUGCAAGAGGUUCAGUUCCCUGGUCCUGCACCGGGACGUCUGGCGACACCGAUCGCUCGACGACGACGAUUGGAGACGCAGCUCACGCGUGGGCGCGGUGCUGCGGCUGGCCCCGUGCCUCGACAAACUGGUCGUUAGCGCCCGAUCCCUAGCGGUGACCACGACCCGGUGCGCCGUAGCAACUUUGAAGCUGUUAACAGCGUCCCUUAGGGGGCGACUUGACGUCGAAAGCGACACCCUGGCCCUGGCUUUUGCCCUAGCCUUGCGCAACCAGGAAUCCCUCGGGCGCCUCAGAAGGCUUCAGCUUGAGUUGCCGACCUUUCGCUCGGCGCCUGCAAUCGACGCAUUGCUGGGGACGGUUGCGUUGUGUUCUGGCCUGAAGUCGCUCGAAGUCCUUACCAACCUACCCAAGCUCAUCUACCCGGUUCAACACGGGCCGCCCAUGCCGUCGCUCACCCAUUUCCGGUGCUCAGUCGACAAGAACUCGGCAUCCUUCGUGCACACCAUACUGGCCGGGCACGCGGCAACGUUGGAGGAGGUCAACCUCGUUAUCGACGCAGGUCUCGGAGUCGUUGAGACGUCGAGGACCGCCGAACUGUUGGGUACCAUGCCGCGAAUCCGCAGUCUGCGGUGCCAAGACUUUACUGCUACCACUGAGUUCUGCAAGAUGUUGGUUGAGGCCUUGACCUCGUGCGGGAGGUCCCACCUGGAGCGCCUGGCCCUUCUGGAGGUCGAGGCCGUGCGGCCACUACUCCGCGCGUUGCCUCUGUUGCCUGCCCUGCGCCAGCUGGACCUGGACGCUAAACCCAACGACGAGCUGCUCAAGAGCAUCACCACGGCCUCGGCCCUGACGCUGCUGGAGGUUGCGCUGCAUGAGGGUGGGCAAUGUCCCCACGCCUGGAUACACAGAGACGCGGUCAAGACGACGCUCGCGGCGAAUCCCUCGCUUCAUAUCCAGCUCUGGUGCAACUCUGAUGACAAGUGCGUUCCCCAGGAUUGCGAGACAUGCGUGGUCGGCUGCCACCAGGAAGUUCAGUGGGAUGAGGUGAGGAGGAUAGGCCUCUACUCGCAUGACCCUGACAUGUGUCCCUCUCCGGAGGACCACACUGACGACACCGACUGGCAAAGGUCCUACUACCAAACUCCUGACGUCCCCUGUACGUGGAUUCGUUUCUGAUGCAUUUCUCGACUUGGUUUUCGUUUUUGCAUACGUUGAUUUCGCUCUGUUAGUCAUUUCGAUUGGAUGCUAAAUUUAAAUUAAAACAUAUUCGUAGUUUCAAGCCUGUCACACUGUCAAUUUCAGAUAUCCAUUGAUAUUGUUUAGCGUUAGGUUUAGAGUGUACUGUACACUCCUUUGUUUUGUACAGUUCCACUCGUCCUUUGCCUCUACUCCAAUGCUCCUUUUUGUUUUCUUUCCCCCAUAUAUGUCUCCAAAUAUGGGAGCUAAAGACAUUUUUCUGUUGUAUGUAUAAUGUAUAUGUAGGGUGCCUGCUUCAAUUUUGCAAAUCGUACGAUUUAUAAGAUGAUUUAUAUGUUAAUUA